UUUGAUGGGUGCUAACUCCAGAUUCAAAAGGCAUGUGGACUCAAUGAGCUUUCCUGAAGAUCCUGCCUACCUGCCUGAAGAAAAAUGAUGCCAAGUUCGAGGGCAGUCUUCAAUUUUAAUCCAUCGAAACCAUCUCAGUUAUACAUAUGUAAAUAACACCGAUACUAAUUGAUAGUGAAGACUGACGAGAAAGCCUCUCGACUACGACCAAUCGGUUAACGAAACCAUUGUUCUUCAGAUUGCAAAUUACAACUAGUUUCAAGUGUUGCAAUGUCGUUGAAGAAUGCACUUUUGGUGGGAGCCUCGGGUGAGACCGGCCAAGAGGUCCUCAAACAACUCCAGCUCUCGCCUCUCUUCGCCAAAAUCAUCCUCAUCGGUCGAAGGAACCUGGACUUGAGUGAUGCCAGCAAGGUGGAGCAAAGGGUCAUUAACUUUGACGACAUCGACAGCCACAGCGAGGCCUUUCAAGAGGCGGACAUCGGUUUCUGUUGCUUGGGGACCACCCGGGAAAAGGCGGGCAAAGAGGGGUUUAUCAAAGUGGAUCGUGAUUACGUGUUGAACUCGGCCCAGAAGGCUUUGGCGGGCGGAUGUCGAGAUUUUCAUGUGAUCUCCUCACAGGGAGCUAAAGCCAGUUCCAUGUUCCUGUAUAUGAAAAUCAAAGGCCAAGUGGAUGAAGCCCUCCAAGGUAUGGAUUUCCACCGGGUGUCUAUUUACCGACCGGGUGUUCUCAUUUGCGAUCGAGCCGAAUUCCGAUGGGGCGACCGAAUCGCUCGAAGCAUCUCCUCGGUGGUGGAUCGAUCCCACCGAUUCUCGAUCCCCACGCCAGUCUUAGCCCAAAUCAUUGUCGCCAACAGCCUUCAAGUUAUUGACCAAAAAUGUGAGAUCCUCGAACAAGCAGACAUUACCAAAAGGGCCAACGUGUCAUCGUGAUGGAUGGAUGAUUUCUUGAAUAGAAAGCAUUUAUGGAUUGGUGAUCUUUCAGAAUAUGGAUGGCCUCAGAAAAAGUGUUCCAUAUAUUUGUCAUAGAUGUGUAUUUUUGGCAUGGAUUACUUUUGGUUUUAUGCUACCACAAUUGGUGUUCUCGCCGCCGAGCCAAAAUUGUCCAGUAAGGUUUGGGCUCAAAAUUGGAAUGCAAAGAACGCAAUAUUGA